ACCAGGUACGCGGCUAUCCGUCUCUUCGACGUCGAGCGACAGGUAAAAGCAACGCCACUCUCUUGCAGAAGCUCGGCACCCCGGCCUUCCGUCGUCUUGCUCCACGCCCCAGGACCGUCGCCCCGGUCGACCAACAGACAGCGGCUCAGGCCCCCCCGCGUAGCAGCAGCAGCCAGGCGUGUGGCUUUUGAAGCGACUGGGCCGACCAGCGAAAUUUUAAGCUCAUUGAAAUCGGCACGGGUUAUCCUCGCACGCAGACGUGACGUUGACGAUCAAAAGAUAGAUCUUGCUCCUUCACUUAGCCCUCCUGCCAGUCUGUGGCAUCGAUCAGGCUUAUCGACAGCAACGGCGACGGCCAACGACACCGACGUGUGAAGCAUAGAGGAGAGGGAUAACAAGAGUGGAUGGCGAGCAAGGCCGCGUUCACGUCGCCCUUUGCUCCUAUCUUGCAUGCGGGCCGACGGACGCCGUCCUCGUCCGCGUCGUCGGCCGCCGACGACGACGCCUCGUCGUCCUCCCAUACCCCAGACAUCUUUUCCAUCCCCACUCACGCCGCCACCCAUGCGCCGAUAGCAGAGCAGGACUAUGACGAGGACGACGGCGCGGCGCCGUUGCCAGACGAUGCCACCCGGCUCCGGGGCCGGCCAGCCCCCUCGCCACUUCCCCCUGGCGACGGUGACGAGGACGACGAGGAUGGCAACCUACCUCAUCUGAGCUCGGGCAUCGCCCCGCAUGCCUUUCUCGAUCACAGUCACAGCAACGCGCCAUCGGACACAUACCUUCAGCAUGAGCAACAGCGCCUCGCAGCGGCGGGGGCCAUGGCAAACGACUCGCCGGCCGCGUACUAUACCCAGCCUUCAGAGGCGUCUUUCAUGCACCGUCCUCAGCAGCAGCUCUUCACAGAUGAGCCUCCGUCCCUCGACCCGUUGGUGUUUGGCAUCGAAGCAAUCGGCUUUGGAGACGCUGCGAGCGCACGAGGGGCUUCCACCUCUUCACAGCCCAGCCGGGCAUCGACGAUUACUCCGGUCGCCAGGAGCGGCAGCAGCCGGCCUCUGCCAGGCACGCCAGAGACUCUAACCAGCCGUCCAUUGCCGCAACCGCCACGGCCGCAGCCGCUGUCGGCGCCGCCGCCGCUGUUGAGCGUCGAAAUUCCGAGCUCACCGCAGCUGCCUCCCCCGACGUACGAUGCGCACAACUUUCCGGCACAGCCACCAGGCUUUCAAUCGCCACGAGCUACUCCAGGUCAAGAUCAGGCUCAAGGCGGCGGUGGUGGCGGCGGCCGAUUUCCAAGAUGGCGAGGAUGGAUCGAAAAGAGGGCGCUGGAGAGACACUACGACCGGCUCGAGGCUGAAGCGAACGCCGGCCUGCCUUCACCGUCGUCGGCAAGGGCGCUAAUUACCGACGAUGUCAAGCGGAAAAAGAGCUGGGGCGCUGCUGUAGACGAUGAGGAUGCACUGAGCGAUGGGGCUAGCUCUGAGGAAGAAGAGCGCGACGAAGCAGCUCGGCCUGCGCUUCCACCCUUGCACGGUCAUCACUUUGGAAGUCGCUUCAUUCCUCACCUCCCUUCUCAGCCGCUCUGUGCCGUCUACCUCGACGUCCCGCGUCCUGGUCCGCCGCCGGGUGCCGCCCCUCGUCUCGUUCGGCCGGGCCGCGGUCAGGACAAGCCGACACGGACGGUCCUCCUCAUCGGCACCGCAGAGGGCCUCUAUGCCGUGGAGAUGAAGCGGCCGACAAAGGCGAGCAAGGCCCUCUCGCAAGCCAACCGCUUCUACCAGGCCAGCGCCUAUCGCACAUGGGGAAGAGGAUCAUCGUCGUCAUCAUCGUCGUCCGACCCGGCAAAGGGAGGCUGGAACGGCAACAUUCGAUGCGUUCAGGUCUGGACUGGCCUGGGCCUGUAUCAGAUGUCGACUCUUGUCUCCCAGGUCAACGAGACGCAGAGGGCGUCUUCCCCGCCAGCCAUCUAUGGGCCGCGGCCGCCUUCUCAGAGCGACAGCAGCAUCCUGCUGGCCUUGUGCGCUCCCGUGCCAAAGGCACCCUCCAAGAUCCGCUCUCUAUUUGAGAACAUUGCCUCCUCUUCCUCGUCUGCCUCGUCUGCCUCGAACCUGGGUGCGCAUGGAGCGCCCGUCUACGGCCCACCUGACAAGGGUGCAGGCUUCGGCACCGCGGCAGAGGCAACCUCGUCGGGGGCCAGAGGAAUCGCGUCUUGCAACUUUGGCGUUGGCUCGGGCUGUGCGGAAGGCAAGCCGACACCUCCUAAUGGGACCGGGACGGUGAGGAUGUGGAAUCUCGAGAUGGUGCGCAGGAUCGUCUCCUAUGUACUCGAUGGCGAAAACUCCCGACCGCUUGACAUGCUCGACACGACGACAGGGACGAGCAGCACUAGUCAAAAGAGGCAGAGCAAGAUCUCAUCCAAGAUCCGCAACGCAUGGGCCUCACUGGGCGACCCGCCGGGCGAGCGAAGGGCUGCCGCACGCAGAUCGCGACAGGCCGAGAGCGACGGUUGGAGUGGCGCCUCGAUCGGCACGAGACACGUCAAUGACUGGCAGGGGCAGGACUUUCGAUCUCGGAGGGCUUCAAGCAGCAGCCUGGGCAACAUGCCUCAGCCCAGCCCAGACUCCUCUCAAGAUCUCGACGACGACGAUGAUGAGCUCCGAGCGGCCCAGGAGGGUGCGACUGUCGACGCUGCCCAUCGAAACGCUCUUCGCAUGGCCCUCAACUCGGUUGCGAUUCGUGCCUCCGGCUCGGCGGGAGGCUCGACAAGUUCUUCGGCCACAGCCGCAGGGCCUUCCAAUGUUGGUCAGGGUGCAUCCCUGACGUCGCUUCUUAGCGACGACUCUGGCGCGGGCUCUCUCAGUGGUGGUGGAGGAGGAGGAGGCGGCGGUGGGGGCGGCGGCGGCGGAGGCAGCAGCUCCGGCCACGGCAAGGGCAAGGAGCGCGAUGGCGGCGCCGCCAGCUCGUCAAAGGGCAGCGGUGUUCUGUUCUACUCGAUCUUCGAAGCCGGUGCCGAGGACAAGGGAGCAGGCACAUGGUACCUGGCUCUGGCCAUGUCCAAGACGCUCCUCAUCUACGAGGCCGUGCCGCCCCAGGUUGGCGCCACGCGGUCGUGGGGCUACCUUCGCGAGCUCUACUGCCCCUUUGCGCCAAAGGCCAUGUCCUUUUGCUUCUGCAAUACCGCUCUCGAAGAGCCCGCUCCGUCUGCCUCGACUCGCGCUACUGCAUCGGCCAUUCCCGUCACCGGUUCAGCAACCAAGCUGAGCGUUCGAGAUAUCAAUGCGCCCCUUGCAGCUUCCACGGUGGACAAGGGCUCGGCUGCCGGAGUCGUACCCGGCGCCGCUGCUCUGACGUCGCCGAACGGCAAGCACGGCAGGACAGCGAGUGUGCCUGCCGUCUACUCGAGCGUGCUGCGUCCCCAGUACAGCGGCGGGUCCGCAGGCCCCACGGCGUGGUCCGGCGCUGACCUGAGCCUGUUUGUGAGCUUUGGAAGGCGGGCCGCUGUGAUUCGAGUCAGCGACAGCAACGUGAGGGAGCUCGAGCUGGCGUGCGCAGCGCCUGGCUCCACCGCGCUGGCUCCUUCGGCAGACGGCCCGUCCGGACGCACAGUAACAGCAGCAGCAGCAGCCGUCGACUUUGCAUCGUUGCCAAGUGCACCACUCGAAAGCCGCACGGCCAAGUCGUCGGACGGGAGCCAGGGCAAGAAGGGCCACCAUUCGAGGAGAGGAUCGAGCGCAGAGCUGCUCCGGGAGGGCGAACGAGCGGCUGCGCAGUCGAAGCAACGAUGGGUUGGGAUGCAGCCUGUAGAGGCAGAGGCCCUUGUCAGAAAGAGGAGGAGAAGGGCCGCUGAAUCAACAGCUCCUGUCCCUACUCCUGCUACUGCUGUGGCCAUGGCUCGCUCGGUCAGCGAAGAAGGGACCGAAGCUGCGGCCACGAGCCCCCCGCUCGUGUCAACAAGGCUGUCUGGCCGCCAUAUGCAGCCUGGCUUGACCGUCACGAAUCCGGGCGACGAAGUCUCCGCACAACCGCCUCCCUUGGGAUUCCGCAAGAGGGAGACUCAGUCAGCUGCGGGCCAUCUCACCGCCGUGGGCGACGACUCUGACGAUUCCGACGAUGAUUCCGACGACGAUGAGUGGACCAGCGGGUAUAGCAGCCGCGCGAAUCCGACAGCGGUCAGAGGUGUCUCGCUCCGCGACGUGCCCCUGACGCGAUCCCUGUCGCAUUCAGCUGCUCGAACGUUUGGCCGAGGUGGGGGACAGGGCAGUGGCCGCCGUCAGCGGCACUUUCACCAUGCAUCUGCACCUCCCACCGAUGCUCUCGCGCGCAGAGAGGUGGCCAACAGCAGCCAUGCCAUUCAUGCCAGCGUCGUCCUGCUGACGAAGGGUGCCAUGACGCAGGUCCUCCCGCUGCCCCUCCCCGCUGACCUGGCGCGGCCGCCUCCCCUUGCUGUCGUACACUGGUCCGAUGUGCCGUCGUCGGUCACGGGCAUGGCCAGAAUCUGUGCUCUGGAGACCAAUCCGGCGGUAAUCGCGCACUCGUCGACGAUCCGAGCCGAAACGCCUGCCGCGCCACCCUCGGCUGCGGCCAUGUACUCGGACCACCUGACCGCGAGCCAGCCGGUACCACACCGUGCCAACAGGCAAUCGCAGCAUCCACAGACGGCCAUGUCGGUCCUGAAUGUCACCAUCCUCGCCUUUUUGGCGUCCAAGGUCGAACAGACGACGGUGCAGGUCCGCGUCGAAACGACGCUGCCUGCUCCCCUGCAGAAGCCAGAAGGAGCAGCGCUAGAGCUGGAGCUUGUCCCUCCUCCUCCUCCUUCUUCUUUACCCUCCUCCUCCUCCUCUGGGAACAACAAUGCCGCUGGAGCUGGAAUGGACCGGCCGGGACACCAGCGCGGCUCGAGGAGCCUCGAGAUGGAGCUCGAGUACCUGUGCGGGCUGCUGCUCCUUGCGCCGGAUCCCAAGCAGGGACGCGUGCCGAGCACCAUUGCCGGUGCGCGACAGCCGCCAGAGGCCGCCGCCGAAGACGAAGAUCGCCGUCGCGCAUCAGAUGGGCAUGGCAGGGAUGGAUACGGAGCAGUGCUGCGACCGUCAGAGGCACGCGGCCACGGCGGUGCCUGGGCUUUUGAUUGGAGGGGUGCAGACGACUACAGGCUCUUCUACAUCGGGGCCGAUGUCUGAACUGUGGCAGCAGCAGCAGCAACAACAGUAGUGCAGAGCAGGACAGUGUAGGACAGCGCAUGAUAGCGUAGGAUAGCGAGCGUGCUUAAUGUUCCUCUCAGAUAGAGUGAUGAGAUCGUUGGAGAUAAUACAAUUACAAGUGAUGCUUU